AGAGUCACUUUCCCUUCAACCAAUUCAUUGAUGUUAUAAACGAUCCUCUGUGGCUUCUUCUCAAACUCGAAGCCAAUAAACCCUAAAACCAAAAAGGAGAUUCGGUGCUGCAGAAAAACAAAAUGUUCUAUAGAGGUAAAUACGUGGAUGUUGGCGAUGGGCGUGAAAUGGGACUGAAAAGACAGCGUGUAAUCGACCAGGGUUCUUCAUAUUAUGGUACUCCUCCAGCUUCGAGCUAUAUGUACAGUCCUCCUCCAGCUUACUCCUACGUCACCCAGCCUCCCGCUUUCCCUGUCGUAAGACUACGGGGCCUACCUUUUGAUUGUUCCGAAGCUGAUAUUGCUGAAUUCUUCCAUGGCCUUGACAUAGUCGACGUGCUGUUUGUCCACAGACACGGAAAGUUUGCAGGGGAAGUCUACUGUGUGCUGGGGUAUGCUUUUCAAGUUGAAUACGCUCUUCAGAGAAAUAGGCAGAAUAUCGGAAGAAGAUAUGUUGAAGUUUUUAGAAGCAAGAGGCAAGAAUAUUAUAAGGCCAUAGCUAACGAGGUUUCUGAUUCUGGUCGGUCUCCUCGUCGUAGUGCUCCGAGAUCGAGAGCUUCUGAACGGGACAAUGCAGAACAUACGGGAGUACUUCGACUGAGGGGUUUGCCAUUCUCGGCUAAUAGAGAUGAUAUUGUGGAUUUCUUUAAGGAUUCUGACCUAUCAGAGGACUCGAUUUAUUUUACGGUUAAUUCAGAGGGAAGGGUGACUGGGGAAGCAUUUGUGAAAUUUGCAAGUCCUGAAGAUUCGAGAGCCGCCAUGGUGAAGGACGGGAUGUCCCUUGGAAGUCGUUACAUUGAGUUGUUCCCGUCAACACUUGAAGAAUGGGAGGAUGCAGCUUCUAGGGGACGAGCAAAUGUGCCGAAACCUUCUGACGAAGAGACAACAGUAUUGCGCAUGAGGGGACUGCCGUUUUCAGCUGGAAAGGACGAUAUCAUUGAUUUCUUCAAAGAAUUCACAUUGUCGGAGGACUCGAUUCACAUGACAUUCAACUCAGAAGGAAGACCAACAGGAGAAGCGCUUGUGGAAUUCGCAAGUCUGGAUGACUCGAAAGCUGCAUUGGCCAAAGACCGAAUGACACUUGGCAGUCGUUACAUAGAACUGUUCAUGUCAUCGCCUGAGGAGUUUAAGGAUGCCGUUUCAAGGGGCCGAUGAUUUACGCAUCUUGUUUUUUUUAAUAUCUUUUAUUUGCAUAAUCUUCUUCUAGUUGUUCUGUAAUAAAUAAUAUGUUUGAACUUUUUUGGGUUUGAAUAUGAUGAAGAAAGAUGGUUGCUA